AUUUUACAAAUAUACGAGCUCAAUCUCCAAUUUGGAAAUUUCCCUUCCCAACUAAAUGAGUCCAAAUAAAAGUGCAAUUCCAAACCCUCGCUUCCAUCUCUUCAACGUUAAGUUCAGGCAAGAGCUGCAAUGAUAACCCAAAAAUGGCUAUUCGCAUUAAACCCUUGUAUCAUUACAUCGCAAAUUCAUCAAUUUCCUUCCCGAAUCUGUUAUCCCGAUCUCUCUCCACAACUUCUCCAUCCCAUCACGAAAAUCCGACUCCCCUCUGCAAUCUCUUCCGGAGGUAUGGCUUCCCGCCGAGCGAGCUCCCCAAUUUUCUCAAAAAGAAUGAAUUUAUACAGAAUUCAGCUCCCCGAGAAAUAGAAAAUUAUUUCAAGAUCUUGCUGUCGUUAAACCCCUCUCGAGAAUUUCUUGUUUCGACUGUAACCAGUUGUCCCAGAGUUCUGCAGCUUUCACUCUUGGAAACUUGGAAAUAUGGUAUUAAUCAGUUGGGUAUCCGCAAUAUUUCGUCGAUUGCAACCUGUAACAUUCUCGAAUUAGUCUCGAAAUUUGGGCUAAGCCCAAAUGAUGUUUCUAGGCGUGUGGGGUGUUUGAAGAGUUUGGGGUUUAGUGAGGCCACUGUCAUUAGGGUUUUAGAGAAUGUGCCUAUGGCGAUCAUGUCAGUUGAUGAUGAGCUGCACGAUAAAGUUGAGUUCUUGAUGGGAAUUGGAAUCCGCAGAAGUGAAAUUGAUAGGGUUAUACGUUUAUAUCCUAGGAUUCUUGCAUUUGGAGUGGAGAAGCGAUUGAAACCAUUGCUCGAUGAGUUUGGGGAUUUGGGAUUCAGCUUGAGUGAUGUUAGGAGGGAGGUGGUGAGAGAGCCACAAGUUCUUGGUUUGGAAAAUGGGGAGCUCUCACAUUGUCUGGAGAUGCUACGAAGCUUGAAAUGCCGGUUGGCGAUCAAGGAGAGUAUAUUCAGGGAUGGAGAGUUUAGGGCUGGGUACAGAGUGAAGCUGAGGGUUGAUUGCUUGAGGAAACAUGGUUUGAUAUAUAGAGAUGCGUUUACGGUGUUGUGGAAGGAGCCUAGGGUGAUCCUCUACGACAUCAAGGAUGUCGAGAGGAAGAUUGAUUUUUUGGUUAGUAAGAUGAAGUUUAGUAUAGAGUGUUUGGUUGAGGUUCCCGAGUACUUAGGAGUGAACUUUGAUAAGCAGAUCGUUCCCCGUUUCAAUGUGAUCGAUCAUUUGAGGUCGAGAGGUGGACUAGGAGAUGAGGUUGGUUUGAGGAAAUUGGUUAAGAUGAGUAGGUUGAGAUUCUAUAACAUGUAUGUGAAGCCAUAUCCGGAUUGUGAAAAGAUAUAUGGAAGGUUUGCAGAGAAAUCUGCUGUCCAAACUCCACAUUCUGCUGGAAUGUGGAAGCUUUUUAGGCCACAAAAGUAUCCACAAACGGAAGAAGAUGUUAAGAAUAUUAGGUAUUUCAUGGAAUCAUUUCCAAAAUGAAGGCAUGUGUUCUUGGAAGAAGAUGUUAAGAAUAUUAGGUAUUUCAUGGAAUCAUUUCCAAAAUGAAGGCAUGUGUUCUUGUUUAUCAAAGGUGAAUUUUUUAUGUUGUUUAUAUUUAUUUGUGGUCCAUUUGUUGUUAUCUAAAUGUGGAAUGAAUUUGUGAGUAUAUGAUUAUUUUGUAAUAA